GCCUCCAGAAACUAUUGUGAGUUACUUACUGGGCAUAAUGUCUGUUGAGGCGGAGGCUGGAUUCAAAGCAGUUGAGCUCGGAGCCACCCAAGACCCAGAGCAGGACAAACCUGACGCCCAACUGCCAGUGACCACAGAGAAGAGUGAAGACCCACACCUCAGCAGUGGGGUGAAGCCGGGGGACAAGAUAAACAUGCUGGAGCAGUACAAGCUGAGAAGAUUUUUUGUCCUGAGGCCUGGUGCCCUUGAUCAAGCAAUUGAGGAUAUAAAGUCACUGGUUGACAAGCACCAGGAUGGCAGUAUUCAGAGUGUCUGGCUCAUGGCAGAGGUCGAUCAUUGGAACAAUGAGAAGGAGCGUAUCGUGCUGAUCACGGAUAAUUCUCUGCUCAUCUGCAAGUACGAUUUCAUGAUGUUGAACUGUGAGCAGAUGCAGAGGGUCCCACUGAACUUCAUUGAUCGCGUCUGCCACGGGGAAUUCACCUUUCCCCAAAGGUCACUCAUGUCGAGAGAGGGGGAGGGACUGCGGGUUUACUGGGACAGACUGAGGGAGCCUACAUUCACCUCUCGCUGGAACCCCUUCACUACUGACUACCCCUUCUGCACCUUCACUUCCCAUCCAGUGAAGGACGCGAGUGAGAAAUUUGCAGCCAUAUGUGAACUACAGCAUUUCAGAGAGCAGCUGGUCCAGGCAGCUCAGAAGGCUCAUGAAUGGAAGCCAGUCCCAGGAAAAGCCAACGGAGUUCUAGUGCUAAAUCAGUCCAUCCUCAUCGAGACCUAUGUGGGGCUCAUGUCCUUCAUUGGGAACCAGAAUAAGCUGGGCUACUGCUUGGCUCGGGGCAACAUCGGCUUCUAGGUAUCCUGUUUUGAUGCUUUUCCUCUCUUUUGUAAACAGCGUGUCCUGGGGUGACUAUGAUUCCUGUUUCUAUCAGUGGGUUACUGUAAAAAAAAGUCACUAAAAUACACUAUAGUUUAAUGCAUUAACACAGUUGGUAGAUGAUGUUUUAAAUUACGGUUUAAAUAUUGUAAUGACUUAUUAGUUCCAAACAAGCACCUGCUUGCAGUCAUGACUAAAAAAAGCCACCAGAGAUUCAACCAGCAACAGAAAGAAUGGUGUUCACCUCGACACUGAUGCAAUGGAAGAUGAAAAGCACCCAGGACUUGUACUGCGAGGCAAUGCUAUACACCAUUGAACACUUACACGUAUAUACAUACAGUAUGCAUUGGAUACUAAUGCAAUACACUGGAUCUCAUACCUGGAUUUAUGAGAUAUAAACUAAUUUUGUACUGUACCAAACCCACACCACAUGAAGAACUUAAACAAUGUUAGCAAUUUUGUUCUGUGGUUUCCCAAAAUAAUAUGUACAGUUAUUGUGGCUCAAGGUCAUAAUUUUUACAGUGUAAGAUCUUGAGUCAAGCAGGACAGGUUGCAUCUAAUUUAAGUAAAAUAGCUUUACAUCAGAAUACUGUACUUCAGGUAGAUUUGCCAAUGCUUUUAAAAUUCAACUUAAUAAUAAAAACUACCAUGAAGGGGCACUUUAUAAAUUACAUCAUUAAUCAUUACUGAUUGUACGUAUCUCUGAGAAGAUAGCAUAGACUUAUUAAUGAGUUUAAUUUACAAAUAACAUUUUUCCAUACUUCUGUUUUUUAAAGGAAUGUGGAUACAGUACAUUUGUUGCCGUAUGUAUCAUUUUUAAUAUUUAAUAAUGACUUUCAAGCUUUAAACACGUAACAUAUAAGAUGUUUGUAUGUUUGUAUGAUCUUGAUGGACUUACAAUGUGAAAAAAACAUUCAGUAUGCCAAUAAAGACAGCAUUGAAUAAGUAA